AAGGAAACAGUUCCAAGUGCAUGAUAUUGCGUUUGUUUCAGGGAAAGAGGAACAAGAGCUGAAAACCAUGCCAGGAAUCCCCUCAAAACGACCAAGGUAUUACACACCAAACGAAGUUAGUAUCCACAAUACGUUAAAAGAUCUAUGGGUAUCGUUUUUGGGCAAAGUUUACGACCUUACUCCGAUGUGCGAAAAACAUGCAGGUACGUAACUUCCACAGCUGAGUUAUUUUAACGACUUCAAGUUAUAUACCAUCACGGUGAUAGAUAAAACCCUUCAAUUUUUCCUGCCUCUAUGAAGCAAUGAGAACUUCUGACUAGCAUAUAAAGCUGUUAAACGAUCGAUCAAGGAGCGAGUGUCCUGCGCACUGGUCAAGCUUUUAUUUUACGUUGAUGCGAAACAUCUGAAGAAAAUAGCAUUGAAACGUAUUCAUCUAAGCAUUACGUAAGUGUAUACAGAAAAUGCUUUGGACUUGACAAUAAUUGUCAAUUGUUUUGUGUGAUUGUUCGGGUUGGGAGGGCUCUGCAAAAAGUUUUUAAGUCAGUGACUGACUCAUGCAUUUUUAAACUGAAACUCUAAGUCGAUUGAAACUGAAACGGAAAUCAACACUGGAGUCACAUGAAGAGGGGUUUGACAAUCACAUUUUAAAAGUCCCCUCUUGAAAACUUAUUGAUUACAAUACACAAUUGACGGUAACAAGUGCAACUUUUCUGUCGCAAAGCUCUGUAAAUUUCUUGAUAUUUCAGGUGAUGUUCUUCUGAAGCCCAUCAUCGAAGCAGCAGGAAAGGAUAUUACACACUGGUUUGAUAAGAAAACAAAAGAUGUAAGCUCGUGUGUUUUAUGAUAUUUGUGUUGGCUUUAAGCCAUUAGUAGUCACCCGAUUCAAAGUAACGGUGUUUAUAACCGAACAGUGAUGAGAUCGAAGAGACCACUGAUGAUUUCUUCAACGUAACUGAACAUUUUACAGACAGAUUCCAUUUUGUUGUGUCUACUCAAAAAUAGACUGUAUGUGAUGAUAUCAAAUUGUGGUAAAAACAAGGAAAGUGGUACCUGGGCAGCAGAGGAGUGUGUUACUGGUGCUCGUGGCACUAUAAAUUUUGUGUUUGAGCCAAUUAGUGGCCUACCCAGCCAGAGCUUAUCUCGGUUUUCUUAGCAUGAAGCAACUGUAGAAUCACUACUUCCUCCUGGAUGGGAUAUCAGUCCAUUACAAGAUUACCCUCCAGAAUUUCUUCGGCCUUCCUUGAGUUCGACAAUACCCAACUGUAUACUCCCAGAGUGGAGAGAGGUGCUGUGAGAGUAAACUAUUCAGCCUAACCAUUGAAACCAUAAGAGAGACCAGCAUCUAGUUUCUCCUUACAAUAAUACUGCUGAAUCAUUCAUUUAAGAUCAUGAGAAUAAAGGAAAUGAUCACCAACUUAAGAAGCUCUUGAUUGUUAAACAAAUUCUCUUUGUCAGCACCUUGGGAAAUGUGUAGAUAACAGUAUAGAGAAUAUACAUAUUGAUGUCAGGGUUUAAAGGGUUAAACCAUUGGACCACUGUGUCUCUCUUCAUGGUUCUGUGGUACUCUAUCAUUAACCUUACACAGCCAAUGGGUAAUACUCGAUUUUUUCUCUAUCCAAGAUCCGAACUCACAUUGAUCCUGUAACCAAGUGUAAAUUCUACUACACACCAAGAGGAAGGUUCAUUCACACUCCUCCACGAUGUCCCCGCACAGACUGGGCAAAUGACUUUGGACGACCAUGGUGGAAAGAUGAUUCUUACUGCAUUGGUGUGCUUUCUGCACAAACAAGGAAAAUCAGAAUAAUCAAUACCCUUACUUCCCAAGAACAAACCAUUGAGGUUAGUGUCUGAAUUCUUUCAGACUUUUGUAUCCCAGGGAAUUCUUGAGAUAGUGUAGAAAUGUACAGAAUGAUUUUUAAGAUCUGGAAAACAUAUGGAACUUCUAAACAAAGAAUAAGUCUCAAACAAAUCUAGGAAGAAGCUUUGGUUUUUCCCAAGCUUUUAGAUCAUGACUUAUACAAAUGCUGAUUGGUGCUCUGACAGACUGAAUUUUACCAUAUUAUUAUCUAGACAAGUUGAUCAAAACAAGUGGACCAAAACAAGGUUAAUUUGUGGUUACAUUGUAUAAUUGUUUUGAAAUUGUUGUUGUCUGGAUAUAGCAAUGUUUAUACAGAGCUCUCAAGAAGAUUUGUGGGCAAAGAGGGAGAUUUUCAACAACAUUGCUUUCAAUUGUGAUGCAUCACCUUCCUGAGGGAGGGGGGAUGGCUUUCAACUGUGAUGCAUCACCUUCCAGUCAGGGGAAGGGGGAAAGCUCCUCUGGGAAAUUGUAGAAAAUGAAGGAGCUAUGAUGUGACUUCCUUUAUUUGGAGCAAGAAUUUCCAUUGUUGAAAAGUGUUUGAAACAAGUACAAAGGGAACAAGGAGUAAAUUAUAUUGAGAAAGAUAAUUGAUUUCACAGGCACUUAAGUCAAGAAGAAAUCUGCUUUCUCAAAAUUAACAUUUUAAAUCAGAAACCCUAAAUGCAUAAGAAAUAAUAGUUUCAGCAUGAGAGCACAAUACUAAAUUUAUUUGCAUGAGGUUUGAGAGCUUAGUACAUAACAAACAUGCUCUUGAUGUGAUAAUGAAAAAACUGUGGGCGAAGUUCAAUUUUCUUCCCUAAUCCUUUUCUUCUUCUCUAAAGGUUUGCUCUGAGGAGAUACUAACUGAAAUUCAAGACCGCUACUUGAAAUAUAAUGCUCAUGCUGCCAGCUAUACAUGGAAGUACAAUGGAAGGAACUUGGAUAUGAAUAAAACACUGGAAGAGAAUGGAGUUGCUGAUGAAAGUGAAGAAUUCUAUAAACUGAGCAUGAAUGAGGAACUAUUUCUACCAGCCUUACAUCUGUAUUUAAAUGAUGAUUUGACAGAAGCUUAGUAAAUUAAUUUAAGGUUAACCCUCAUUUACUCCUUGUGUGCAGAGCUCCAUAGAGUCUUCAUCCAGGUUUUUGUGUUUGGGGAGAUGAUUUGUGUUGCUGAAGUUAACAAAGUUCAAAACUUCUUCAAAGGUGUUUGCAGUACUUGUAAAUAAUUUGGAACUGAAUAUCUGUUAGAUAAUGUGUAAAUAGUUGAUCUUGGGAGUGAAGGAGUGAUACAGAAGGUAUUUCAUACUUAAGGUCAGUUCUCAGAUAAUCUGGGACAUAUAUAUUGUUUGCUUACUUUCCCCACAAUUUUCGUGGUUAAUUUUCUAGUGGAAAUUGGAGUGUGACUGAAAUACUUCACCCAUUGAGGGUCAACAGUUUCUAUCAGUUCCUUUGUUUCUUGACACUAAAUUCUUUGGAUUAUCAUAUUUGUUAAGAUGUUGGCUGUAAAAUUUGUAGGUCAAUCUGAGCUGGGGAACAACAUCACUAUUCUACAAGUACAAUUGGGUGGUGCCGGAAUUACCUCUCUUCCACACCCAGAAUAGAGUGGUCUCACUCUUGUUCUAUUAAUAACUUGAGUUCACAGCCCAAAAGGUAAAUGCUAGAGUAGGAUAGAGCAAGAAUUUUUAAGAAGGCUUGUGGGAAGAAGGGAACAUGUCAAUAUUUUAUUUCAUGUAUCCUUUGAAACUCUUACUUUUUGCCCUCAAUUAACAAAUUCUCCAGCAUACCCUGUGAGAUCAUUGUGCCCACAUCUCUUUUUACCCACUCACUUAGUCCUUUCCUGAAUUACCUGACCCUUGAGAUGACACAAGGGAUCUCUACCCAACCUUCUCUACUGCUACUUUCACACUGUCUCAGGUGUCAACACCCUGUCAGUUUUUUGCAAGGUUUCUUUUGGUCUUCUACAGUUUUUCCUCCCAAGGAAUUUCAAGCAUGGAUUUUUCUAGUCCCCCCUUACUUCAUAUUUAAUACAAAGACAUUGGGUAAGACCACCAGCAGAAUGACUACCUUCUAAGUUCAUUCCUGUGUGAGCCUAUGUACAGCAUCUCUCAUUCCCCUUGGAGAGAAUAAAGUAGUUUGUACCUGAUAUUCCUAAGAGGAGACAGGAAAGCUUUACACAAGCCAUCCUGAGUUGCUCUCAUCUUUAUCAUGUCUAUAGUGGCAAGAGAGUCAACUUUCUUCUCUGGAUGUUAAGGGAGCUACAUCAAAAUUUGUGAGAGUUGAAAAUUUUAGCAUACAUCUCUUGAAAUUUUUAUUUCAUUCCUUAUUGAUUUUUUUCUUCUUUUGUUGUAUUUCUCAUAUUUUCAUUCUCUUUUUCCCCUCUAAUGUUUGUCAACGUAGGCAACUGUUAUUUCACAGUUUCCUUUUGUAAGUGUAAAAGGCAAUUUCCAUGUAGCAAUAAAAUAAAUCAACAUUUUGUGACAAAACUAACAUGGUGACCAUUAAACUCCUCAAAGCGAUGAACAUCUAAAUUCUCCCCAUAAUAGCCAUACACUAUCCUGCAAAGAAGUGAUGAGAAUACUAAGGCAAAAGUUGUUAUCUUGAUCUAACACCAAACUCUCAAAACUAAUUAAAAAAGAAAAGUGUAUCAGUUAGAGUGAAGAAAGGGGACAAAGGGGAGAGAAUAAACAAUCAAAUCUUAGGGAUUAAAAAUUUUAAAAGUGGGACAGACAAUUUUCAAAUCAGACAUGACUUUUUUAUAAACUCAACCAACAAGAUUCCCAUGUUCCACACAGCUGUUGUGACAUUCCUUUAUUAUAAACAACUAAUUUUCAUACAAAUAUCAAUUUUUUAUAAAACAGCUUCAGUGACU